ACAAAUACAUUUCCGCUGCCCGCAUGUCUUUUAAUUUGGUGAGCGUUUCCUAAAAGUCCCCCGGAAACACGUCACGAAUGAGCAGGACCCAGAGAAGCAGUUGUGUUUUCUUCCUAGUAAUGUAUGUACAGAGUGUUUUGAGAGCGAGAUGAGUUCCGCGGGGAUGUUCCAGACUCAGAUCUCCGCGAUCAUGACCGUGCUGGCGAAGGCGGCGGUGGCGGAGAUCAGUCAGCUGCUGGAGGAAGAGGCUGCUGCUCUUCAUCAGGAGAUCCGGAGGAGAAACGAGGAGAUCCAGGGACUGAAGGCUCGACUGAUGCUCACGGAGACUGAACUACAGAGAGUCACUGCGGAAUCAGAGAGAUGCUCCGUCGGCGUUCAGGUGGAGAUCAUGAUGGACACGAGUGUAACGGCUCAUUCUCAGGAAGUACAGGCUGAGAAGGUCAUUGUGAAGGACCUCUCAGAGGAGAAACCUCACUUUUCACAUGUGGCAAACAUGAAUUCACAGCAGCUGAAACAAGAAGAGUCCGUAACGCCACUGAAGGAACCUGUGGAAGAGGAGCUCGGCGGACUGGAGUUUAAGAUGAAGAUCGAACAGGUGGAAGAACUUGUGGAUCAGACACUGAAUCAAGUUCAGGCGGAGCAGAAGCGUGAAGGACAAAACAACUGCGAUGAUGGAAACUCUCGUUUAUGGUGUUCAGGGAAAGCAUUUGACCAUCCGGAAAAUCUUAUGAAGUCAGAGCAACAUUCCCAGAAUUUAACAGAUCCAUAUGUGAUGAUGGAGUAUCCGAUGACUGCGUCGACUCAGUCUGGUUUAUUGGCUCCUGGUGGUGUUCUGGAGAAUGAGAGCUUUGGCGCUGCAGACGUUAAGUACGACUUGAAUCUUCAGGAUUCCCACAGACGCUCAACCAGAUCUGACUCGACGCCUUUGAACAGACUUCCAUCCUCACAUUCAAGCUCGUGUUUGCCCAAAACACUCACACGGAGGGCGUGUGCAAGCGAGCAGACGGGCCCCAAAACCUUCCGAUGUGAGGAGUGUGGCAAGGGCUUCAUGCAGAGGACGCGGCUCAUAACACACAGACGAGUGCACACGGGUGAAAAACCCUUCCGGUGUGAGGAGUGUGGCAAGGGCUUCACGCAGAGAACGUGGCUCAUAACACACAGACGAGUGCACACAGGUGAAAAACCCUUCCGGUGUGAGGAAUGCGGCAAAAGCUUCACGGAGAGGAAGCGGCUGUUAACUCACAGACUAGUGCACACGGGCGAAAAACCCUUCCGGUGUGAGGAGUGCGGCAAAGGCUUCACGGAGAGAAAGCGGCUGUUGACUCACAGACUAGUGCACACGGGUGAAAAACCCUUCCGGUGCCAGCUGUGUGAUAAGACCUUCUCCAGACAGGACAACUGUCUCAGACACAUGCGCUUGCACAGCGGACAGAGAUGAUAAACGUGGACAUGACCGCACUCACGCAAGGUUUUCCAUAUGUCUCAAAGUGAGAUUUAUACAAAGAUAUUUUUUUGCGCCAUAUCUUGGUUUUUGGAACCUUUUUUUCAUUUAAUUUUGGUGGCUUCUUUGCCCCAAGCCCCUGUUAAUUUCCACCCCUGGUGAGUGAUGGCGGAGAAAAAGAGCCGUGUCCUCUUCAUUAUGUAAGGCGCUUUUCAAAUGAAACUGGUGAAACAUAGCAAAAGCCGCUACUGGUGCAAUGUCAAGUAUAGGGAUUGAUCGUAGUUGAUCCAUGAUCCGUACAGACCAGGUGAUUCUGUCAAGUUUUUGCAAAGUUUAACCAUCAUAGAGGGAAAGUUUAGCAUUUGCACGUGUUUUAGGUCCUGUCAGUAUCUUGAUUUCCUCUAUGAAAACAAUCACAUGCUCUAGAACAUUCCUGAGUGCCAUAAAUGUUCUUUUUCUAAAGUUUGUGUGCCUGUAACUCAAGAAGUAUCGAAGAUAUCUCAGUAUGAUUUUACAUUCUGGUUCUUGGCAAACUUUUCUUUUGGUAUGUUCAUUUUUAAGGCCCUAUAUGUUUCAAUCCCGUAGAUAUGGUAAUCUCAAUGCAGCUCCAUGUGCAAAUUGUUGAAUUUUAACCAUUUUUAAUGGUCGUAAACCAAAUGUAAGUCACUUUUCAUACAGUUUAUACUUACUGCUUUUAAAGGGGAAUGUCUGAAGAAUAAAUAUUGAAACUAGAAAUGCAUCUUGUUUCUCUCUAUCAAAACAAUUGUAUAGAACAUUCCUGUCUGAGUGCCACUGAAAUGGUCAAGUUGAGGCACAUUAACUUGCUCUUAGUAUUCUGUUCAUAAAAUUCUAGAUUUUAAUCCAUUUCAGAGAUAUUUGGAAGAAGGGAUUUUGUUAUUUUUAACAGCUUCUGAAGCUACCAAGAGUUCGAAUCAUAACUACAUGUUGUAAACAAGUUUCAUGCCUCCAAACACAUUGUAUUCACAUCAGUAAACCACAUUUGGCCUCACCUGGAUUGUUUAAUUAUUACAAUUUCCUUUUGUUAUAACAUUUGGUGGAAUCACUGAUAAUAUCUCAAACUUUGAAACAUUAAAGGGUUACUGUUCUUAUUGGCAUUUAUGUGGUCAUAACUGGAUAAACACAAAAUCACAUUUGGUUUUCAACCAUUGAAAAUGGAUAGAAUUCAACAAUUUGAACAUGGAGCCGCAUUGAGAUCCCAAUAUCUCUGGAAUUGAACCAUAUUGGGCCUUAAAAAAAAGAAGAUUCCAAAAGAGAAGUUUAUAAAGAACCAGAAUUUAAAAUCAUAUUGAAAUAUCUUUUAUACUUUUUGAGUUACAGGCACACAAACUUUGGAAAAAGAACAUUUAUGGCACUUGGGCAGGAAUGUUCUACGCAAUGGUUUUGAUAGAGGGAAAUGAGAGACAGUUGUAGUUUGAAUGUUAUUUGUUCUUCAGACAUUCCUCUCUAAAAGAAAAAAGUGACCCACAUUUGGUUUUUGACCAUUGAAAUGUGUACAAUUCAGUAAUUUAUGGUUGCAGAAUGUGGUUCGCAUGUUUUAAUAACUGCUCAUCCAUCCGUGGAAAUUUUGCCUCUUAAAUCUGCCUUGAUUCUUCUGAAACAUACAGCAAAAAUAAUACUGUCUCUUUUUACUCCAGAUAACACAUUUGCAACAUUCUAGUGGUUUCCGUCCGUUGCACUUGGAAGUUUCAUUGUACAUGAAUAUUUAAUGAGGGUAGUGCUGUUGAGAUUAUGAUUGGUUGUCUUUAACUAAACGUUUUUAUAUGUAUCAUUUUGUGCCUCAGUUCAGAGUCGGCUGUGUUUAAACUAGCGGUUUCAAAUUGCAGUUGCAAAACUUUGCUUAACCCAGACUUAAAAAAUGUCCAAGAUUUUUUAAAGUUAAGUUAACCCAGGGUUAAGUGCAGUGUGAGCAACUGAUCCAUUGAGCGACGCUGACGGUUUGAAUACAUUUACCUGCUGAUUGAUGCAUUUCUGCAGUUGAGCUGUGCUAUUUAUGAUUUUUAAUGUGCAUUCUUUCCACAUUUACAUUUCUGCAUCACAUUUUUUUCCUCAUUAAACACUCUUAUAUUCAAAUUGAA